ACUAUACAAUAAUUUCUCCCUUUUGGAGGCUGUUAUUAAGAGUUGUUUUCAGCUUCAGGGUGUUCUUUUAGCUUGCCUUAUUUGAAUGUGGGUCAUGUGUCUAUAUUUGGAUCUGUGUUCUACUCCUGACGUGAAUCACAAUAAAAGCUUCUAUUAUUGUUGUUGUUAUUAUUAUUAUUAUUGCUGAUGUGAUUUUAACUUCAACGUCUGUAUUUUAUGUUUUUGGUCCAUGAGAAUCAAACACGGUAACAAGGAUGUUUAUAAUAACUCACAUACUUGCUCAACCAACUGAGUUAGACUCCAUUGGUUCAACCCUGCUAUUGUGGAACCACAGCCUUCUAGGGAAAACGUGCAAUUGUCAGGGGCAUUAGACUCCCAGCUUGAAAUCCCACUUCCUAUGGUAAUCCCACUGAAGCGUCCAAAUUCCUUUUUGGAUGGAGUGGAAACUCAUCAUGAAAAAAGCCCAGCACGGGAGCAGGUGAACCAGGAAAAUGGGCAUCAAAAGAAGUCUCCUGCAUCCUUCUAUAGGAAAAAGUCCAAAUUCCAUGGCGCGACUGUGAGGCGAUCAGAACGCAUUAAAAGUGCAGUUGUUAGUCCCCCUAAUAACAACUAUGAUAUUGAAUACAUUGAGGAUAUAAAUGUUAGCGAAAAUGAGAAAGAUGAAGCAGAUACUCAAAUGCAGCAAGCAUUGGUAGAGCCAGAGUUGGAGGUGCCGGAGUCAGAGGCAGAGCCUGAGCAGGCAGAAACUUUUGGUGAGAAGAAGAGCUUGGAUGAAAAAGUUGACUUUGUUGUACAAAGAAUAGAAGCUCUUGAUAAGAUUGUAAGACUGUUGAAAUCCAAGAUAGAUGAAAAGUUUGACUUUUAUGAAGCUCCAUCAAUGGCAUCUGCAAGUUACAGGAGCAUGUACAUUGACUCACAGAAGAAGAUUGAAGCUUUGACAGAUGAAAAUCAACGACUAAAUGGAAAGCUGGAAAAUGCUCUAGGCAAAAUUGAAGUGUACGAAAAAGAGAUCCAUGUUUUGAUUGAUGUAUUGGAUAAAACAAAGGAUGCUGUUAAUGCUGCUGUGAUUUCAAAUCUGGCAAAAACUAUAGAAGCGGCUGUUAGUGUAUCAACUCAAGCAAUCCACAAUGCGUGUCCUGCUUCCGCAGCUAAGAGAAAGAGAAAUGAUAGUUGAAGUAGGAAGCUAAUGCUGCAUAACAUGUUUUUUGUAUUAUAAAAGUAAAUUUGAAACUUGAUACCUAACGAAUGUGGUGCUACUGAACCUGUUUGCAUGGAUUUCUGUUUCUUAUUGUUGUGGUAAUUGGAAAUUAUUUGUGCUUCUCAUGUU